AUAGUUCUUCACCUCUAGUUAACUUCUGUUUUGGUUUUAAUUGUUGCGAAUUGUAUUAUAUUUCUCAAUUUAGCAAUGUCUAGUGAAACCACCGAUGCCCUCGCUGCCCACAUGUGCGAGCUAGUCGAGUUCUAUAUGCUGCCAGAACUGAGGGAGGAUCUGGACAGCGCUCCGUUGGCGGAAUCACUAUUCGAGAGCUAUCAUUCACUACUUGUACAGGAUUUGCCAAAGCUGUACGAUUUGGUUCAGGAAUUCCUGCAGAAGGGUGGCGAGGCUGGACAUGACGAGCUAAGAGUUAAGCUCCUCCUGUUGCUCUGUGAACUGACAGCAGCUCCCACGAUUUACCAACUUAAAGGUGGUCAUGGGCAUCUAUUAAGAAAUGCCAAUGAGUUGGCCAACAAGCUGUCCUCUAGCUGGUGGAAAUCCACGGAUGCCCAAAUCCUGAAAUACUACGGAACGAAGUUGCACAAGGAUUGCUGGAAGCGACAGCUGGGAGCAGUCCAUGGAUUUGCCAGAUAUUUGGAGCUCCGAUACACGGAAAAGUCUAGAAUGUCCAGCCAAAUGCUGGCUUUUGCUUUGUCCGUGGGACUAAAUGUAAGGGAAUGCUUUGAACCUGCCUACAAGCAACUGGGCUUCCAGAUAUUUUCAAUUAUGCUGAAAUUUAGCGAGCCCAAGGAUAUUCAAGAGUUAAAUGUGCACAGCGUGAUUUAUGAUCAUGUUCUCAAGGAUGCCUACAAUAUGGAAUCCAUUGAGGCUAUAGACGCAGUUUGGAACUGUUUGUAUUUGUGCCUCGAUCACUUUAUUGACUUGGAUGCAUAUACGUGGAAUCAAUGCGACGACAUGCUGGACCGUUUGAUUCACAAUGUGAGCAUGAGUUCAAAACCAAAAGUCUCUAUUUGCUUGCUGAAGUUCAUCACCCGACUUGGCUACUACUUCACCAUCAAUCGCAGCGCUGUGGAAGCUGCUCUCGCCACGGAUUUAAGUAACCCAGAUAACUUGGCUGCCUGUCGGGACGAGUGCCUUUCCCUCAAUGCCAGCACUAGCUAUCGAUGGGCCAAGGCCAUACUUCAGAUGUUUGUUUUGGAAUCGGAAAAGCUCCUCCAGGGACCAGAAGUGUGUGUCGAGCUUUUGGAGCAAAUGCAAAGAUGCUAUCUGGUCUGCAUUAUGCCCAUUCCUUUGGAGGCCCUGCAUCCCCAUUUGCCCGAGUUCUAUGGAAAAUUUGUGGCCGUGCUUUUGGAGUCCCUGAUGGUUCACGAAAGGGCGCCUGCUGUUGUAAAGAUCGUUCAGCGAUUCACGAAUAUAUUCAGCUUCCAGUUGGCUGAGAAGAAGUUACCGUCUCACCUGGCAGAGUUUCCGGAGGCUUUAAGUAUAAUACAAGUUAAGAUUUCAGAAUAAAAACAC